CGGCUCUCUGGAGCGCCGCAGACCCCCGCGAGGGGCCUGAGAAAGUCUAGUUGAAAGACUCGGGCAGAGGCGGCUCUAGGAGGCUCAGCGGGCCGUCGCGUUCCGCACGGUGGGAUGGUAACCGCGCCGAUUGACCGCUCGGGCCUCGGCGGGAGCCCCGCGGCUGCGGGCGGCCCGAGGGCGCGCGGAGACCUGCCGGGGCGCUGGGGCCGCGGCGGGGUGGUGCGGAGCCGUGUCCCGGUCUCCGACGCCGGCCUCAGCCAGGUGUCUGCAGCGUGGGAGUCGCCCCCAGAUGGGUGCUUUACUCGGAGUGACAACAUGCCUUGUUUCCACUUGUCCCCUAGUAAAUACUGUACUUAAAUUGCCUACCUCCCGGUGAGCUCUGGUCUCUUCAAAUAUGAGUAAUGAAAAUUCCUUAGGAGGAUGAAUGAGGCGUCUCACGUAUUCCUUGGGCUAUGCUAAAUUGCUUAGCAAAUGACUGCUUUUGCAGGCCUUUUGUGUAACUUAUAUUUUAAGGGAAAUUCGGUCACGUGCAGUGCCUCUCCUUGAAGAUGGUGGUGGUGAGAAUUUUCUUGAAACUGCUCUCAUAAUUUGCCACGCGCUGUUACACAUUUUCCAGAGAUGAACUUGGAAUCAACAUGCCUUUUACUGAGAAGCCAUGGAUGGGAAAUAAGCACUUGUUAAACUUGAAGGUUUGCUUAUCACAAACCACUGUAUAAAGAGUAAGGUUGUGGAAUGGAUGCCUAGAAAAAAGUGAAUGGACCUGACUGGACUCUGAGCACAUCGAUAAACAUGAGUGGAACCAAACCUGAUAUUUUGUGGGCACCCCACCAGGUUGAUAGAUUUGUCGUAUGUGACUCAGAACUAAGUCUUUAUCAUGUGGAAUCUACUGUGAAUUCAGAGCUCAAAGCUGGAUCCUUACGUUUAUCUGAAGACUCUGCAGCAACAUUACUGUCAAUAAAUUCAGACACACCGUACAUGAAAUGUGUUGCCUGGUAUCUCAAUUAUGAUCCUGAAUGUCUCCUAGCAGUUGGCCAAGCAAAUGGUCGAGUUGUACUUACAAGUCUUGGUCAGGAUCAUAACUCAAAAUUCAAAGAUUUGAUAGGAAAAGAAUUCGUUCCAAAACAUGCACGCCAAUGCAAUACCCUCGCAUGGAAUCCUCUGGAUAGUAACUGGCUUGCUGCUGGUCUAGAUAAACACAGAGCUGACUUUUCAGUGCUGAUAUGGGAUAUAUGCAGCAAAUAUACUCCUGAUAUAGUUCCCAUGGAAAAAGUAAGACUUUCAGCAGGUGAAACUGAAACAACAUUGUUAGUAACAAAACCACUUUAUGAAUUAGGACAGAAUGAUGCUUGUCUCUCUCUCUGUUGGCUUCCACGAGACCAGAAGCUUCUCCUUGCUGGUAUGCAUCGUAACCUCGCCAUAUUUGAUCUUCGGAACACAAGCCAAAAGAUGUUUGUAAAUACAAAAGCUGUUCAAGGGGUAACAGUAGACCCAUACUUCCAUGAUCGUGUGGCUUCCUUCUAUGAAGGUCAGGUUGCAAUAUGGGAUCUUAGAAAAUUUGAGAAGCCGGUUUUGACGUUGACUGAACAACCAAAGCCUUUAACAAAAGUAGCAUGGUGUCCAACGCGGACUGGUCUCCUUGCCACUUUAACACGGGAUAGUAAUAUUAUUAGAUUGUAUGAUAUGCAGCAUACACCCACUCCCAUUGGAGAUGAAACUGAACCCACGAUAAUUGAAAGAAGUGUGCAACCUUGUGACAAUUUCAUUGCUUCCUUUGCGUGGCAUCCAACAAGUCAAAAUCGAAUGAUAGUAGUAACUCCCAACCGAACAAUGUCUGACUUCACUGUUUUUGAAAGAAUAUCUCUUGCCUGGAGCCCAAUUACAUCUUUAAUGUGGGCUUGUGGUCGUCAUUUGUAUGAAUGUGCAGAAGAAGAAAGUGAUAAUUCUUUAGAAAAAGAUAUAGCAACAAAGAUGCGCCUUCGGGCUUUGUCAAGGUAUGGACUUGAUACAGAACAGGUGUGGAGAAACCACAUUUUAGCUGGAAAUGAUGAUCCACAGCUCAAGUCGCUCUGGUAUACUCUGCACUUUAUGAAGCAAUAUACAGAAGAUAUGGAUCAGAAAUCUCCAGGCAACAAAGGAUCAUUGGUUUAUGCAGGAAUUAAAUCAAUUGUAAAGUCAUCUUUGGGAAUGGUGGAAAGCAGCAGACAUAAUUGGAGUGGGUUGGAUAAGCAAACUGAUAUUCAGAAUUUAAAUGAAGAGAGAAUCUUAGCAUUGCAGCUUUGUGGGUGGAUAAAGAAAGGAACGGAUGUAGAUGUGGGGCCGUUUUUGAACUCCCUGGUACAAGAAGGGGAGUGGGAGAGAGCUGCUGCAGUGGCAUUGUUCAACUUGGAUAUUCGACGAGCAAUCCAAAUCCUGAAUGAAGGGGCAUCUUCCGAAAAAGGAGAUCUGAAUCUCAAUGUGGUAGCAAUGGCUUUAUCUGGUUAUACGGAUGAGAAGAACUCCCUUUGGAGAGAAAUGUGCAGCACUCUACGAUUACAACUAAACAACCCAUAUCUGUGUGUCAUGUUUGCAUUUCUGACAAGUGAAGCAGGAUCUUAUGAUGGAGUUUUGUAUGAAAACAAAGUUGCAGUACGUGACAGAGUGGCAUUUGCUUGUAAAUUCCUUAGUGAUGCUCAGUUAAAUAGAUACAUCGAAAAAUUGACCAAUGAAAUGAAAGAAGCUGGAAAUUUGGAAGGAAUUUUGCUUACAGGCCUUACUAAAGACGGAGUGGACUUAAUGGAGAGUUAUGUUGAUAGAACUGGAGAUGUCCAAACAGCAAGUUACUGCAUGUUACAGGGUUCACCUUUAGAUGUUCUUAAGGAUGAAAGAGUUCAAUAUUGGAUUGAGAACUAUAGAACUUUAUUAGAUGCCUGGAGGUUUUGGCAUAAACGAGCUGAAUUUGAUAUUCACAGGAGUAAGUUGGAUCCCAGUUCCAAGCCUUUAGCACAGGUGUUUGUGAGUUGCAAUUUCUGUGGCAAGUCAAUCUCCUACAGCUGUUCAGCUGUGCCUCAUCAGGGCAGAGGUUUUAGUCAGUAUGGAGUGAGUGGCUCGCCAACGAAAUCUAAAGUCACAAGUUGUCCUGGCUGUCGAAAACCCCUUCCUCGUUGUGCACUUUGCCUCAUUAAUAUGGGGACACCUGUUUCUAGCUGUCCUGGAGGAUCCAAAUCCGAUGAAAAAGUGGAUUUGAGCAAGGACAAAAAGCUAGCUCAAUUUAACAACUGGUUUACAUGGUGUCACAAUUGCAGGCACGGUGGGCAUGCUGGACAUAUGCUUAGUUGGUUCAGGGACCAUGCAGAAUGCCCUGUGUCUGCAUGCACGUGUAAAUGUAUGCAGUUGGAUACAACAGGGAAUCUAGUACCUGCAGAGACUGUCCAGCCAUAAAAUGUUAUCACCUGAAGAGAAACCUUCAAGCGUGGAGCUUUCUAAUAGAUAUCCUUCAUAAAUCAAAAACAUACCUCAGAACAAGUCACUCAUGACUUUCCUGUAAUGGGAAAAUAAAUCAUUCUAUCAGAUCAGCAA